UAUGCGGCAUCUGACCUGAUUUGCGUCUUAAACUCGCUCUUGGGAUCGUAUCGAAACCUUCCCCGACGUUGGAUCGGGACAUUAAAUUGGCGUCCCGGAGAGGAUCCCUGGAGAGGAGAGUGCUGUCCUGUUCCCCACAUAACGUGAGACCUCUCAGGAACAUGAGGGGGCGAGCUUGGCUUGUGUUUGUUUAAAAACCUACGUGCUGCCUUCCGAGACGAGCGCUUCCCCGCUUUAGACGCGAUGAGCGACAGUAAAACUGCCCAUGCGGAGCAAAAAGUUUUGUUUGAUUUUUUAGAAAAAUAUAAAGCGCGACCCUCUGUGCCCCGGGUAGACUGGGCUCGGGAAAACUGGUAUAACCUGCAGAGCGUUGUUGAUCGGGUGGUGGCUUUACAGCAAGUCUCUGGAGUGAGGUCAGGGAAAGGAAAAGCCGUUGUCUGCGCCGUUCUCGGUGCCAGCCUGGCCGCAGCGGUAGAGGCGAGGGAUCGCCGCCUCGCUGCAGAAUCUCAGCUCACUGAAUCCCUCCAAAACCUCGCUCGGUCCCUGCAGGGGCAAGUGGCGGAAUUAAAAGAACAGCUCGAAGCAGAAAAGAACGAAGUGAAACGUUUGCAGACUGCUCUUAAGGAGCGGCUCCUUGCGGAUGCUGUCCGCGAGGAAUUUCCCCCAAAAUCAGAAAUCGGCUACCCCCUUUACGACCUGCAGGCAGCGAAAGAGAGAGUAGAGAAGCUAGAACCGCCUUCGUCGCAACCCUUAGUCAAGACUGGGUAUAUUUACGAUGAUGAGCAGGACCAGUCCCCCCAAGUUACAACUAAAGAGGUCCCCUAUACCACCACCGAGUUGGCGAAACUAAAAAAGGAAUUUAGCUGAACCCCCAAGGAGUCAGAAACGGAGUAUGUGUGGAGAGUAUCGUUGUCGGGGGGGGACCACGUUCCAUUAAGUGAAAAGGAGGCAGAAGGGUAUUGGGGACCAGGAGUGGUUUUAACUACUGGGAACCACCGUGCCCCCUGGUCUUUAACCCAACGGGCAGCCUACUGGGUGGGGGGGUUGAACCCCUUGGAGAGGGGGGAUCCCCUCACGAUUACGGGCACUGUUGAUCAAUUAGUGGAGAGUGUGCAGAAGGCGGCUUGUCUGCAAAUGAUGUAUGAUCGAAAAUUAGAGCCUGGACAGGAGUCCCCGAUGAUGAUGCUGGUAGAUCCCGAGCGAAUGACUCCCCUUAUAAGGGGGCUCCCCGAUUCUUUGAGGCCCGUUGGUAUACAAUUACAAGGAAGGAUACAGGCGAUGCCCCAGGUUGAGAGAGUUGCAGCUGCUUUAGAAAGACUCACGCCCGAUGGGCACCAUCAACCCCCAGGUAGGAAAAUGUGGACUUGGGGAGAAGUGGCCCAGGAAUUGAUUAAUUACAGGCGCAAUUAUGUUCCCGUUAACCUUCCAGCCACCAAAACGGACUCCAGGGGCUUGAGGCAAACAGAAGUAAAAGCAGUUCCGCGCCCUGGGAGUGACAAGAGAACACCCCUCACCAAACGGCUGAGAGGGAGAGACAUCCCGAACAAACGUAAUAGACUGUGGGCAGAGGGACGGCAGAAGGGGAUCCCGCGUGACAUAAUGGACGGGCUGCCAACAGACAAAUUAGAAAAGUUGGUUACAGGGUGGCAGACCCACUCUCCUUUUAACUCCCCGGUGUGGCCAGUACAAAAACCUAAUGGCAAGUGGAGAUUGACUAUAGAUUAUUGCAGACUUAAUGCAAAUACUGGUCCUUUGACAGCAGCGGUACCUAAUAUUGCUGAGCUUGUAACCACAACCCAGGAACGAGCCCACCCGAUUAUGGCAACAGUGGAUGUUAAAGAUACAGUUUUUAUGGUUCCUCUGCAACCAGAGGACCAAGACCGCUUUACAUUCACUUGGGAGGGUCAGCAAUUUACUUUCACCCAACUCCCACAAGGAUAUAAGCAUUCCCCCACUCUAGCCCAUCAUGCGUUAGCGCAGGAGCUAGAAGUAGUUCAGACAGAGAAGGAGGUCAGUGUUUACCAAGAUAUCGACGACAUUCUUGUGGGAGGGGAUGAGACAGAAAAAGUUCAGAUAACUCAGGAUAAUAUAAUUUCCCACUUAUAAAGCUUGGGGCUGAGAAUUCCACCAGAGAAAAUACAAACACCGAUGA